AUGAAGUGCAUUUCGGAUGUAAGGUAUCUCACUUCAUUCAACGAAGAUUGCAAAGACACGUCCAUCGUACAGAAGAGAAAGAUGAAGAGUUUCAUCGUUGUAUUCACGGCCUCCUUGGUGGCGUGCGUCCUCGGCGGUGUCAGCGUGCCGAGCGGAAGUUACAUCCCGACGAGCGGUCACAAGACGCACGACGUGUAUCAAGGAAGCGGAACGUAUCCGACGUACGGAACGGGCAUCUACAACGCGCAAGGACUCGGCUCCCUGCAGACUCCUCCGAUCAAUUACGGCGGUGUUUACCACGGAAGCGACUACAAUCACAUGACCUACGGAAGCGGUGAGAAGCAGGUGUACUACUUCGACGCGCCGCACGACUUCGAAGCGACCAAACUGAGGGUGCUCGUUCAGCCGUCCGGACACAGCGAGGAGAAGGUCAUCUUCAUCAAGGCCCCGGUCUACCGUGCCCCAGAGAUCACCUUCCAUCAACCCGCUCCGCAACCCGCCCAGAGGACGCGCGUCUACGUGCUGGUGAAGAAACCGGAGGAGCACCAAGAGAUCGUCGUACCAGCGGCACCGCGUUCCGCUCCACUACGUCCGGACGUCGUCUUCGUCAAUUACCGCAACCAGCACGAGGCCGAGCAACAGAUCAGGAACAUCCAAGGAGGCGCCUCCUCCUCUUCGGGCGUUCUCGCCAAAUCCGUUGGAAGCCACUCCGACCUGGUGAGCUCCAUCAACGAUUACGGCUCUCGUUCCGAUCACCUAAGUAUCAACGGCGGUAUCCUCGGAAACAUUGGCUAUAGUGGUAACACCGGAUAUUCCGGCAACGUUGGCUACAGCGGAAACGAAGGCUACACCGGCCACACUGGAUACACCGGUAACCAUGGUUACACCGGAAACGGAUAUUCAGGAAACAUCGCAAAGACCGGAUAUUACGGCAAACAGGUGAACACCCAUUACGGACCUGUCGGCAGCAGCGGCCCAUAUUAACGCACCCAACU